GAAGAAGAAGAAGAAAAAGAAGGAAAAAGUUGGAGGAAAUGCAUUUGUUUCUUGUGGGACGUGAUUCUGUUCAAACCCGGGUUAUCUUCAGUCUCUUUUGUUCCUGCUUCCUAAUGGGCUGAAACUUUGUCACAUUCACGGGAUGUUGAGUGUUCAGGACCUCUGAAAUCCAGCAAGUAAAGAUCAUGGCUUGUGCAUCUCAGUCAGCCUUGGAUUACGUCAGGAGUGCCAGAGACCACCUGGUGAGAACAUUAAAGGGGUUUACUGAGAUUGUGGAGAACUUGUCCACGAGAGGAUUUUUCUCAGAGGAAGAAGUGAAUAAAAUAAAGUCAGAGAGUGAUGGAUUUGACAAAACCAGAAGAAUUGUGGACUAUGUUAUAGAAAUGGGGGAAGAAGCUUGCUAUGAGUUUCUCAGGAUUAUUGACACAACAAGGAGAACCUCUGGAGAGAGAUCACUGUCUUUUGCAGAAAAUCCAGAGUCAUCAUCCUCUCUGUCCAACAUGUUUGACCUCAACUACUGGAUCAGCUGCUUUUCCUUCAGGGAGGACAUUAAUAUAGAUGUAACAUCUUUACAAGGCCCCAGCCCGUGCCACAGAUACCAACAAAAGCUAAAGUCAGAAGCUCAAAAGAUUUCAGAAAGAUCAUGGACUCAAAGUAAAGCAGUCUUGUUAAACAAGCAGAGCUCCCUGUCAUACAUCUCGCUUGUGUUAGACACACCAGGACAGGCUUCACCAUCCAAAAUAAAAAAGUCAAAGAUCAAGAAAAGCAGGAAGCUUCGACCUAAAAAACUAAAAACGUACAUACCUGAGGACAAACAUGGAAUCUCUCCGAGUGAACUCCUGAAAACAUAUGAAAGAAAAAUCAUUUUGGUAGGAAAACCUGGAACUGGGAAAACAGCUGUGGUCCAUCAGAUGUUGAAACUGUGGUCAGAGAAAGAUAACAGAGAUCUGGAUUACAUGUUCUACUUUGAUAUGAGAGAAACACCCAACAUCACAGAGCUCCAUAAACUGGAGGAUCUUCUCUUCAGUGUGUUCUGUGAACCAGAUGAAGGCAACGAUGAGGUCUUAGAGGACAUAAAGAAUAAUGCUGACAGUGUUACCAUCAUUUUUGAUGGAUUUACAGAUGUUGGCUCUACAUCUGUGGUGUUUAAGCUCAUACAGAAGACUCUUCUACCCGAAGCAAAGAUCAUAGUCACCUGCAGACCAGAGGUGGAGUCAGCAGACUUCCUGUUGGAUUGGGACUGUCUCAGAGUGGAAGUGAAAGGCUUCAGUGAGCAGGGCAUCAGAGAGUACUUAUCCAAGAAUCUGAGUGAGGAUCACUUCAACAAGGUUUUGUGUAACUUGGAGUUAUUCUCUCUUUGCCACGUCCCCAUGUACGCCUUGAUGGUGGUCGCGUGCUUUAGCUUUGAGGGCUCUAAUUUCUCUCCACAUCCCUGCACAGUUACCGAAAUAUACCUCCAUAUCCUCCAUUUCUGCAAUCAGAGAAAUGUUUCCAAGACACCUGAAAAUGAAAGCACUAAAUGGGAUGCAAUAAUGUCUUUAUCUCAGGCAGCUUUUUGUGCAACAGAAGGGAAAAAUGUGAACCUAACAUCACUGCCCAAACUAGACAGCUGUGAGGUUAAACUUGUCCUUAUAACCAGAGAUAAAAACUGCUACAAGAGGAGUGACCCCUUGUCAUGCCAGCUGUGGAGCAUUUCUCUUCUGACUGAUGGGGACGUGGAUUACGUGAGUUUACUUGACUUCACUGAGAAUCAGCUGCACCUCCCAGUCAACAGUAAAACACAACUGUAUGACAGAGCUGUGAGAGUCCUGCAGAAGAGGAAGAGGAAGGUGAAAGUCUGCCUUCACUGUGAUCACAGAGUCUGUCAAAGUGCGAGCUCCUUCCUCUUACACCAUUUACCCCACAUCCACUCACUCAGUUUCUGUCAGUCAUCAGGAAAUCUCUCAGAUCAAACUGAGUUGUUGAUGAAUCUCUUCAUUGGAGCAGCAGAGAGAGACCAGAGGACAGGAGAGAAGAUCCUCAACAUGCUCUCAUCAGUUUGCUCUUAUCAGACAUUUCCUCUUCAUUCUAAUUCCAAUGACAAAUAUCAGAGUGACUUCCUGUUGGAUCUGUACUCCCAUGUGAAGGACUGUGAGACUAAAACAGGUCUGAGUGUCCUUCCAUCAUUACAAGUGGAGCUGACAGGCUGCUCACAUGAAGAGAGUGAAGUGAGGAGUUUGCUGCAGUGUCUGCCUUAUAUCUCACAGCUCAGUUCCAGUGUUGUUCCUCUGAGGUCAGAUCCUGAUGAAGCAUUCAGGAUCUUCAUGAGUCUGUUCUGUGCAGCAGCAGAGAGAGAGCAGCAGACAGGAGAGAAGAUCCUGGAGCUGUUAGCAUCAGUGUGCACAUAUCAGACAUUGCUGCAGUGUCUGCCUUAUAUCUCACAGCUCAGCUGUGAUCCAGAGUUCUUCCAGAGUGUGUGCACAUCCAUGUCUGUAAGAUCCAGAGAAGAGGCCCAGCAGCUGGAGUCUCUGCUGCAGCUGCUGGGCUUCCAGCUGCUGCUAACAGGAGCGUUACACAGGAAAAGCUGCUGGUCUGUGGGUAGAGCUCUCCAACUAUGUGGCUCUAAAGUGGAUCUCAUCCUCACACCCAGCAAGAUGUCUGCCAGAGGAGGCGCUCUGCUCUUCAGACACACAACACAACUCCACAGUCUGAGGCUUUCCAUCGACAUGUCCUUGCUGCUGUCUCAGUGGGUAAGAAGAGGCAGAGCGGCCUGUCGGCUGGCUGUUGAAGAGCUUUCUCUUAUGUCUAAGAAAGCCCCACCAUCACACAGAGUAUUGUUGAGGGCUGUCAGUAGUUUGGCUUCCCUGCUGAGAUACUGGACAGUCGGACGGUUAGACCUGACUGAGACCUGCAUCCCUGCUCAGGGUCUCGUUGCUCUGCUGCUCCAUGAUGGUCCUCUGACAGUCAAACUGAGUGAAGAGAGCUUCCAGCAGGUUCUGUCUCUCCUCCAUGGAACCCAGGACAAGGACUUGACGUUGUCCUUCUUGAGUAAGGUUGGUGGAGACCUGACCUCCUGCUGUCUGAGCUGGGAGCUUCUUCACUAUCUGCUGCAGCAGCCGUCGGCUCAGACCAUCACUGUGGACCUGAGGAAGAACCUGUUCUUACAGGAGGAAACCACACGUCUGCUUCCCUUUCUGGACGGGAUUGUGUUUAAAAGGCCCAGUCCCAGCUUUGUGAUGAGCUUCAUCAGAGAGCUCUACAGAGCUCACGACAGUCACGCUGUGCCCAGUUUGCUGAGGUCACUCGGUCAUGUGAUCAACCUGAGCUGCAGACAGCUGGACUCAGUGGACUGUGCUGCUCUGAUCUUCAUCCUCAAACACGGAGACGGAGUCAGACUGAACCUGCUGUGGACCUCCAUACCAGCAGGGGGAGUAGAGUCCAUCCUCCUCAUGCUGGACAACGUUUCUCAUCUCAGGUCAGAUAUUAGAGCUCGUUUCUCUGUGCUGCACUGUGCGAUUGCUGAACAACACACUUUAUUGGACACAGUGAGGCGGGCGGUGUCCCUGUGUACAGCCCUGGGUGGAGAGCUGGAUCUCAGUCACAGCACGCUGGAUCAGAGGGUCUGCGGGGCUUUGGUCCAGAUGCUGGACUCGUGUGAAGGGCUGACAGAGCUGGACCUCAGUCACUGUCAGCUCACUGACCAGCUGCUGCUCCCUCUCGUCACACAUCUGCACAAAGUCCAAGUCCUAGAUCUGAGUCACAAUCAGAUCACUGAUGCUUCGACUGAUGUGUUACUCCAGCUGCUCUCCAUCAACCCCUCCAUCAACUGUGUGCGACUCUUCAGCAACAACAUUGUGCACAGAGCAGCCUUCAAAGAGCACAUUCAGUUUGAGAUCUGGUGAAGCACUCGUCAUCAUCUUUAACAUCAUCGUCAUGGUCGUCAUCAUCAGGGAGAUGUAGUUUUAUGGUCUCAGUAAAAACUCUCGCAAUUGCUUCAUACUAAGCACGUCUCAUGUUUCUGCUGAUUUUUAUUUUAUGGAGAUCUGAAGCCAUCUAGUGGUCAUCCCAAUACUUGCACAUCAGGUUGUAUUAUUGUGAUUAAAAUAUUUUCAAUUAGUGAAAAAACAAAAUGAGGCUGUAACAGUUUUAUUGUACAGUUGUGAGUCGGCUUUGUUUAUUAUUGGUACUUUUGCAAUAACUGUACUGAUUUUUGUGUACUCGCACACAAAUGUUGAUUCCAUGAAAUACA